AUGAGAAUUCGCAAAAAGGACAUUUCGCUGAAGCGAUUCCAGAGCAUGCCGGAUAAAUUGAACACGAUCCGCUCCCCGAAAAUUCGUUCGCCCAAACCUUCCGCUUUCGCGCGACUCUUCGUCGAAAUGGUUGGCGGUGUUUCGCAAGUUCCCUUUGUCGUGCCAGAUGAACACAGAACUGUUUCCGCCUUGAGCUUUUCUCCCGACCAGCCGAUUUCGAGUGCGCCCGUCCCGAUCCAAAAUUCCAACGAGAAGGAUGAAAAAGACAAUUUCUUUCCCGAAAAUGACGAUAGUCUUCAAAUUUUUCAAGAAUUCGAUCGAAAUCGCGACGGAAAAAUUUCAAUUGACGAAUUAAUGACGACCCUAGACGAACUCGGUCUGGCCUGCCAUAGAGAUGAUGCGAAGCAAAUGAUUAAAGUCGCGAAUAAUUCAGCUGAAGGGAAAAAUGAAGAUGAAAUUACUUUUGAUUUGGUCAAGAAAUUUUAA